AUGGUGACACGAAAGCCGCUACCGGACAAUGCUGUUGUCCAUUCGGGCACUGCGCCGAACUCACAAUCGAACGGCACAGAUGGCGAACCCCAAGCGGCUACUAAGUCUCAGGUCUUUCCUGGGCAGGAUCACGGCGACGAUGCCGCGGACCUGUCAGACGCCGAUAGUUGGGAGCGAGAUACUGACAGCGAAGACGAAGUAGAGGAGCCGCCACAUACACAAAAUGACUCGACAAAAGAGAAGGAAGUCGCCGGCGGAGAAGCCGCCGACGUGGCAGAGAAGGCCGGUGCUGGCAGCUCUGGUGUACUGCAGCCAGUUGCGACAGGAGAGUCGGACAAUUUUUCAACGCAGACCAUGAGUUCUUCUACGUCCGGGCCCGGAGCAGGAGUGACCAACCCUUUCAGGCGGAAAAUGUCGCAGUCAGCUGGACAACACAGUGCCACUGUGCCACCAAUACCCAGCGACACGCCACCGUUACCUCCUUCGGAUGCCUUCGCGAAGCUAGAUCUCGAUGAGACGAGCACAAACCCCUGGCAGCCUGCGCUUGACGAAAAAAAGACUCUGGCGCCGUCAGCUUUGGCGAACCCAGUAGACCAAGAGCCAGACCAGCACAUCUGGGUGUCUCAAGUGCCUUCCAGAGCACAAUCCACAGGCCCGGCCUCAAACUCUCCAGCAAUCCAGUCACCUACACCAGAGGAAAAAGGUACGUGGGGCGAUGACCUUCCUGAGAAGUCCUCCAUCGCAGUACCUCCAUCUUUCAGGACCUCGUUGGAAGACCAGAGGCUGGAGCAGGAUAGUCAUGCGUGGGAUGAUGUGGCGACACUGGACAAAGGAAAAGCACCAGAGAAGCCUGUUCUGGCCACUGGCACAAUCGCCGAUGGUUCACGCAAAAUCGAGGAAAGUUUAAUCGACAUAGGGGACGAGCCAAACUCUGGUCGGACAGGAGAGACAUCCCAAACUAAAGCGCAAACCGAGGGUGACGCACCAUCGCUGCCCCCUAGACAAUCAGAGAAGUCCUCGGCUCUGACGCCCGUUACGCCAGCUUCCGGGAAGACCGAGACCUACCAGAUAAAGAACAUCAGCUGGCACGAUGCUAACUCAGUUGAUAACAUGCGCAAAUCGCCAAUACUCGUGCAGAAUGCGAAUGGCCCAUGUCCGCUAAUGGCACUUGUCAAUGCGCUCACAUUAACGACUCCUGCUGAUGCGGGAGAUGCAGUUCUCGUCAACACUCUCAAGACGAGGGAACAGAUCAGCCUCGACCUCCUGCUUAACGCUGUUUUUGAUGAGCUCAUGUCUGAGCGGAGGAUAACGUCCGAUCAGUCUUUGCCGGACAUUACAGAGCUCUAUGCUUUUCUAAAGGGUCUACACACUGGCAUGAACGUCAAUCCCCGGUUUGUGCCAACCGAAGAGACAGAGAGGGCCUUCAAAAGAACUUCUCUAACACAUCUCCAUCCAACCGAGAGGGGGGAUCUGAUCCCUGGUACUUUCGAGGACACGAAAGAAAUGUCAUUCUACAGAACAUUCCGUAUUCCCCUUAUUCAUGGUUGGCUGCCGCCACAGUCAGAGCCCGUUUAUGAAGCUCUGAAACGCCAUGCAGAGUCGUACGAAGAUGCUCAAAAUAUUCUAUUUAGGGAAGAAGAGCUAGAAGAUAAGCUGAGCAGUACGUCCGGGGCAGGCCUCUCUGAGGAGGAGCAGGGCAUCUACCAGGAUAUACUGAGCAUCAAAUCUUUUCUCUACACUGCGGCGACACAGCUUACGCCGUGGGGCCUCGAGGUUAUCACAAAGGCUAUGCGCCCUGGCUCUGUGGCCAUUCUCUUCAGAAACGACCAUUUCUCUACCUUGUACCGACAUCCGCAAACCCUUCAAAUGUUUGCGCUUGUCACUGACGCAGGUUAUGCGGGACAUGAUGAAAUCGUCUGGGAGUCUUUGGUAGAUGUCAAUGGCGAGCACUCCGAGUUCUUCUCUGGUGAUUUCCUUGUGGUUGGGGGCCCAUCGCAGAGCGAUGAAUAUGCAGCAUCAAGCAGCGCGUCCGCGUCGAAGGCGCAGAAGGGAUGGACCACAGUCCAGAGCAAAGGAGGAAAGAAGAGCGAAGUCGAAGCACCUCCCAUGUCACCUAAGGAGCAAGAGGAUCGUGACCUGGCCCUAGCUCUCCAGUUGCAAGAGGAAGAAGACCAACGUCAUCGUACUGAGCAAGCCCAGCGACGCAGGGAAACCCAGCUCUCCGAGCAGUUCAUCGAGCAGCAAGCGGUGCGGCAAGGUCCCAUGGGCCUUCGACAAACCAAUAGCAACAGCAAUAACAACAACAACAGCAGCAGCAAUAACAACGUUUCCGUCACGACAGGUCGACGGCCCUCCACCGCCCGAGGUGGGGCCAGUGCCAAUACCAGCCGCGGAGGAGCCCAGAAUUCCUCCCCUCGACCAGCCCAGCAGCAAGUUCGUCCGCUCGUACCUCCUGUAUUACGCUCACGAGGCGUCAACCGUCCUGCUGAUGAGGGCAACGAUGACGCACCACCUUCAUACGAGGACGCUGCUCGACAAUCUCCUUAUAUCCCACCUGCAGGACACCCGAGUCACCCCGCCUCGAGCUCAACCCCGUCGAUAGCCAGCGCCACGUCAGGCUUGAACAAUCCAAGAUUGCCUGGCUCCCGAGCGCCGGGAAUUGCGUCUGGCUCAAGUCCGGGAGGACCGUCCCCUCAAGGGUAUCGAAGGGCAGCGAACUCAGGCUACAGACAAGGGGUUCCGCCUACUGCGGCCGGUGGGGGCGGUAGCAGCAGAGAUAAGGAUUGUGUUGUUAUGUAG